CUAGCCCGGGAACUUCCAUAUGCUGCAGGUGCAGCCCUAAAUAAAAAUAAAUAAAUGCAGAGAGACAGGAGUUAUUUCUGAGACAUCCAGGCCCUGAUUACUAGCAAAGGAAGAGAAAGCAGAAUUUCUUUGGCUGAGCCCUCCUCAGCAAAACUGCCCAGUGGCCUCUUCUCAACCCCCAAGGGUCCUCUGGACUGUAACAGGGUCCCAGCUGGCUCUGAGGAGCAGAAUGCACAUGGGCUAUGCCGUAGCUUCUCACAUUUCAAGAAAGGAUUGUGCAAAAACAAGCAAAGCAAAAAGGCAAACAAAGAUUAUUUUUUAGAUGAGAAAGUGCUAAUUUCACAACUGAGAAAAAGAGAGUGAUUUGCUAGAGCUCUCCCAGCUGACACUAACCAUGAAACAAAAGCCAGGUUUCUGCGUGGCUCACCACGCCUUCAUCAGGCUCAGUGGCUUUGCCUUGACUGUCAGGCGUAGGCGGGCGGGAGGGGCCCGGAGCUGUGCUUCGGGAAAUGCUUGGCUUUUGCCGGCAGCAGGGCUUUGCCGUGGGGAAGAAAGCGGCUCCCGAGAGCGUGCUAGCGAGCCAGCCUUCCUGCUGCCGGCGCGUGCUCGGCCGACACGAAGGAGAGGGUCCUGGGCGUCCGUGUUGACCCGGUUCUCUGGCGGCCCAAGAGCUGUCGAGUCGCGUGUGUGCGCAGCCCUGGUUUCUCUCGGAGGCCUUCUCGCACCGCGGGAACACGGCGCCCGGAGCCCCGCGCCCUCAGAGCCCUUGUCCUCCGCAGAGCACCUGUUCUUGCAGACCUUCUGGCAGACGGUGACCCGGGAGUGGGCGGGCAUCGACCGGCGGCGCCUGGACAAGCUCUGCGUGCUGACCCGUCUGGUCCUGAGGCAGUCCUUUGAGGUUCUGAAGCGAAGCGGCUGGGAAGAAAGCCAAAUCCAGCUUUUUCUAGACGUCCUGAUGAAGGAGGUCCUGCACCCGGAGAGCCAGGCUCCGAACGGCGUGAAGUUGCACUUCGUCGAUAUCUACCUGGAGGAGCUGUCCAGGGUGGGAGGGAAGGAGCUCUUGGCAGAUCAGAACCUCAAGUUUAUUGAUCCAUUCUGCAAGGUCGCGGCCAGGGCCAAGGACCGUGCUCUGGUGCAGACCAUAGCCAGGGGCGUCUUUGAAGUCAUUGUAGAUCAGUCUCCUCUCGUGCCUGAAGGGACGCUCGGGGUACAGAAAGCCGGAGAGGGUGACAGCGACCUCUCUGAGGAGGAGACCUCGGAGAGUGACGUGGCCUGGAGGAGAGCCGCCGGUAAAAAGCCGCCAGCGCCGGGCGGACCUCAGUCCAGAAAGGAGGGCGUCGGGGACGGCGGACGGGACGACGCCGGGAGCUCGGAGGACGCCGGGCCGCUUCUCCAGUUCGACUACCGGGCGGUGGCCGAGCGGCUCCGGGAAGUCGCCACCAGCAAGGACGUCCCUCCCUUCAACAGGAAGCGCCUCUCCAGGCUGAUCAGGAAAUUCCGGGACCUCUCGGAAGCAGGCAGGAUCCCUCGCCUCGGUUUUGUGGAGGACGCUCCUGCUGCCCCAGACGACCGAGCCCUCAGUCGGGGGAGGCGCAAGAGAAAGGCCGCGAAGCUCCGGGGGGAAGCGGAGGUGGGACGGGAGCAAGGAACCAAGUCCUUCCCUGCCGAGGAGGAGGAGGCCGAAGGCGGGCUGCGCAAGAGGAAGAGGAAGAGGAAGAAGAGGAACCACCUCCGGCCUGCACAUCUAGGGCCUGGCAGCGAAGCUGUGUGCCCGGAGCAGAAUGGGAGCCGCGAGCCAGAGGCUGGUCCAGGAAAGGCCCAGCAGACGAGUGCGGCUGAGCUGGGGGCAGGGGCGGCGCCCUCGCUCAGCAGGAGGAAGCGCCUGAGGAAGAGGAGCCUGAGGGCCCAGGUGCAGAGCCCAGAGGCAGCAGCGUCCCCUCCAGAGGAUGUGGCUCCAGGUGGCCCCGGCAGCGGUCCCACUCAGGGAGUGGCCCUGGCCGGCGGCGCCCCAGUCCUGAAGAAGCAGCGGAAACUCGGGGCCCUUCUGGUCAAUGGCAGUGGCCCGCCCACGCGGGCCUGGCCCCCGCAGGAGGGCCCUCCCGCCAGGCCAGCAGAUGGAGGGGGCUGCCCUGCCGCCGUGCCCCAGAUUGGGGAACUGGGGAGAAAGAAGGGGGAGCCCGGCGGCCUUGACCUCCGCCCCCCAUGCGCUCGGAAAGCUGCCGUUCUGAAAAAGAGGAAGAAAGUGAGCCAGAUGUCCCCCUUGGCGGCGCACAGAGGGCUCAAGCUCGUCCAGGCUCUGGGCGGCGCCGGGAUCCUCCGCCCUCUGAGGAAGGAGCUGAGGACGGAGAAGGACUUUGUGAAGUUCGAAGCCGCCUUCUCCCCGAAGCCCCUGUUCUUCAGGAAGGCCAAGAGCAGCACCACUGCCCCGCCGGGCACCCCCCCGCAGCCAAAUAGAACACCGUCCGGCACCAAGAAGGUGACCUUCGGGUUGAGCAGAAACAUGACGGCAGAGUUCAGGAAGACCGACAAGAGCCUCUUGGUCAGUCCCACGGGCCCCUCCCGCGUGGCCUUCAACCCCGCGCAGAGGCCGCUGCACGGGGUGCUGAAGACGCCCACCAGCUCGCCGGCCGGCGCGCCCCUGGGGACCAGGCAGCCGCUGACGGCCACACCAAAGAGAAGGCCCACGGCGAUGGACUUCUUCUAGGGUCGUAGCAGAGUCCUUUUAAAGACCGCUUUUGUACAGCAAAACCCAUAAAUUAUAACGUUUCAAAGAUG